GCUAGGCGACGGCGCCCGAGCGGCCUGGUCCAGAAUCCGCCUCAGACGGAGCCUGCGAGAGGAAGGCCGAGGCGGAGGAGGAAGAGGGAGAAGCGGCCUGUGGGGCUGCAGGCCCGGCCCAGAGCCCUCCGCCCCCAGAGCCGGCCCCCAUGCCGCUGCGUCGAGGAGGAGGAGGGGGAGAGUCGGUAAGGACCGUGUCCGAAUUUGGAGUAGACUCCUGAGGAAAACACAAUCAGCCAUUGAAUGAAGUUCCAAGACCAGGAGAAGGACCACCAACUCAACAGUAAUUGUAUAUGUAUUGCACUCUUAUACCACCCACCAUUCUUACAUUGCACACAUAGCACUCAAGGAGAUUGGGCAGUCUUCUAGCAGGUGACAGCCAAAGCAUGGCCCAGACAUCAACUUGACUGAAUCACUGCUCCAUUUCUGAUGUUUAGAGGCCUGUGUGGUUGUUUAUACAGCCAGAACACUGCUGGAAAUUCUGGAGGCUUAGGGAAAGCCCAAAAUGUACAGAAGCUCAACAACACAAACUCUGGGAUGUGUGUGAAAAAUAUUCUUUAAAAAGGAUGCAUCCUCUGCACACAAUUGCCCUCUAGAACAGAGCAUGUCCAGCAGAUAUACAAUGGCAGCUCUUAAAGUGAAAACCAGAAAAGCAGGAGGGAGCAAGAACAGAAUAGCAUGGUUAGGGUCCUGAAUGGUAAAACUCAAUGCUGCAAUCCCACAGCUUCUGUACAUACUUUUAACAGUGUAAGGAUCUAUCUCACUGUCUCCCUUUCUCUCUUAAAAUCAUACACACCGUAAUUAACUCCACAUAAACAUUAAUUUAGAGGUAGUCACGAUUCUCACAUGACUGUAGCUCCCCCAGCCUCCACCGGCUUGAAAUGGAAAAGUGACACAGCUGAAUUUUCUUAAUAGCUUUUUCAACCCGUCGACAGUUGCGUUAAAAAAAGAAUGCAGAAGCCGAAAAGGCAAGAAACUCCAGUGAGUCAUGGAAGUGGGUGUGUUUCUGCAGAGAACGGCUUUCGUAAUGCACCCAUGGAACAGAAAACCCCCUGUAUGCAGGCUCCUCCGGGCUGGCAGAGAGCUCGCCUCCUUUACUACCAGCGUGGAGAACAGCUGAGCCGCUUUCUGUAAUGGCAGUUGGAAGCUUUCAAGGACCAUAUGGUUGGCUAUGGGCAUGUCGGAGAUUGGCAAGUAGUUAACACAAUGGUGCGGCAGAGGGCAAACUCUGGGCAGCUUUGGCAGUGAGUGGCGCUUGGAGAUCAGUGGUCAGAAGGUGACCGUGAUGACGGCCUGGUCUAUGGUGGAAAAGCUGAAAAUGGAGAAGCGGCAUUCCCAAGAAGAGAGGGUGGCUGACCAAGAUGGCGGGGAUUGCAGUCCGGAGUCGGAGGAGUGGACAAGCUCCGAGAGCGAGCCGGAGCAGCAGCCGCCACCUCUCAGGAACAGUGGCAGCAACCCACAGUGGCAGGAGAAGGAGAUUUCCCACAAGCCUCAUCGGCAGCUCUGCCGUUCCCCUUGCUUGGACCGCCCCAGUUUCUCACAGAGCAGCCUCCUCCAGGAUUUGAAGCUGGAGGAGAACAAAACGAGCCUGAACAAAGAAUACCAAGCCAAAAUAGAUUUUGCUGUAAAACUGGGCUACGCCGGGGAUCAGAUCCAAGCCGUGUUGAACAAGCUGGGGGCGGAUGCUCUCAUCAAUGACAUUUUGGCUGAGCUUGUGCGGCUUGGCAACAAGGCUGAAAAUGAAGGGCAGGCGAGUACCGGGAGCACUUCUGGUCCUCCUGGCCCUGGCCCAAAGGAGACAGCCAGCCCUGAGCUCUCUUUGGAAGACGAAGUGGUGGACAGCUCUGACAAUUUGAGACCAAUCGUCAUUGAUGGCAGCAAUGUGGCAAUGAGCCAUGGGAAUAAAGAAGGCUUUUCUUGUCGUGGGAUUCAACUUGCUGUUGACUGGUUUCUGGAGAAGGGCCAUAAGGACAUUACGGUGUUUGUGCCAACGUGGAGGAAAGAGCAGUCGCGGCCAGAUGCACCCAUUACAGAUCAAGAAAUUCUGCAUAAACUGGAGAAGGAAAAAAUCCUGGUCUUUACUCCAUCGCGGAGGGUUCAAGGGCGGCGGGUAGUCUGCUACGAUGACCGCUUCAUAGUGAAGCUGGCUUAUGACUCUGAUGGUAUCAUUGUGUCCAAUGACAAUUACCGAGACCUCCAAAAUGAGAAGCCAGAAUGGAAGAAAUUCAUAGAGGAAAGGCUGCUAAUGUAUUCUUUUGUCAAUGACAAAUUUAUGCCACCUGAUGACCCAUUAGGGCGCCAUGGCCCUAGCCUUGAAAACUUCCUAAGGAAGAAGCCUGUUAUACCCGAACAUAAAAAGCAACCGUGUCCCUAUGGCAAAAAAUGCACCUACGGACACAAGUGUAAAUAUUACCACCCUGAACGUGCAAACCAGCCACUGAGAUCCGUAGCAGAUGAGCUUCGCAUCAGUGCCAAACUCUCUGCUGUAAAAACAAUGAGCGAAGGAGCACUGGCCAAGUGUGGCACGGGAUUAGUACUCUCCAAAGGGGACCUUGCGUCGGAAGUUAAGCGCAUUGCUCCAAAACGUCAGUCUGACCCAAGCAUCCGGUCUGUGGCUGUGGAACCCGAGGACCGGCUGUCAAUGGCCCGGAAGUCUGAGGCCAACUCUGUCCCUUCCCUUGUUUCAGCAUUGAGCGUCCCGAUCAUCCCACCUUCCAAAAGCCACGCAGCUGGGGCUUUAAACACCCGAUCGGCGAGUAGCCCAGUACCGGGUUCAUCUCACUUCACGCAUCAAAAGUCCUCCCUGGAGCAUAUGUCCAGUGUGCAGUAUCCUCCAAUUCUGGUCACUAAUAGCCACGGUGCUUCCAUCAAUUAUUCGGAUCAGUACCCAAAAUACGAGUCUUUGGGAGACCAUGGCUAUUAUUCUAUGCUCAGUGACUUCUCCAAUUUGAGCAUUAGCAGCAUGCACAACACGGAUUAUUACGGGGCGGAGGUCGAGCAAGGUUUAUACUCCAGAAAUUCAAGCCCUUGUCCUGACACUUGCUUAAGCCAUACGAGCAACGAUCCUUACUCUUCAUAUGGCGACCUUUACCUCGGGGUGGGAGAUGCAAGCCCCGAGGACAUCAAGGCCCGCCUCCCACCACAAAACCGCCUCCCGCCCUUUUCCCAGGGAUAUCAUGAGGCCUUGACUAGAGUCCAGAGCUAUGGCACAGAAGGAUCCAAACGCCCUCCCCACAAACACUCGACCUCCCAUUUGGCGCUCCACGUCCAGCAUCCGGUCGUUGGGGCACGGUCCAGUUGCCCGGGGGACUAUCCCACGCCUCCAAACGUCUACCCAUCGGCCACCACUCAGCCGAGCCGUGCCCUUGUUAUGACGAGGAUGGACAGCAUUUCCGACUCACGGCUGUACGAGAGCAAUCCCACCCGGCAGAAGCGGCCACCCUUGUGCCGGGAACAGCAUGCCAGCUGGGACCCACUGCCUUGUCCCACGGACACUUAUGCUUACCAUUCCUAUCCUCUGAGCAGCAACCUCAUGCAGCCGUGCUAUGAGCCUGUGAUGGUGAGGAGCAUGCCAGAGAAAAUGGAGCAGCUCUGGCGCAACCCAUGGGUUGGGGUCUGUGGGGAGCUGCAGGAGCCCCACAUCAUCCCUGAACAUCAGUAUCAGACAUAUAAGAAUCUCUGCAAUAUUUUCCCGGCUGGUGUUGUCCUUUCUGUCAUGGAGAAGAACCCACACAUGACUGAUGCACAGCAGUUGGCCGCCAUGAUUGUGGCCAAAUUGAAAACGGGGCGUUAAACAUCACUCCCUUUUAAAUUUGCGAAGAUAAAUUAUUGAUAGAUGACCCUUAUGCAGAUCCUCGUGAUAAUUCUGCAACUGUAAAUAGUUUCUAAUGGUGAUAUAUGACUCUGUAUAUUGUCGCAAUUAUUUAAGACAUGUGAUGCAGGUUAUAUUACAAACAUGAGUAUUUAAGGAUUUUUAAAGCUGUUCUUUUUUAAAAAUGGCAUUUUAACAGGCAGCACAGACCUUAUGCAUGGAUGCACUUAUUGAAUCCCAAAGGCCACAUGUUGAUAUGUCUGAAAACAGGUCCUUCAAAACUGUUAGCAGUUAUAUUGCAUGCGUCAGAGUAUAGUUUUCAGUAUGGACACGUUGCUCCAGUCAGAUAAGCUCUCCACAUUUUAAACAUCCUUUAUGAAGGGAAGCUUGGGCUGCUGUUCUUAAUAGCAUCCACAGAUUUACACACGGUGCAUGGCCCCAUCGUGAAGAGAAUCCACUUGUUGUGGAAAUGUCCUUUUGUAGGUAAAAAAAUAAAGCUCAAAUAGGGAGAAAAUGGACCUACCAUGCUUGUUGAACUUUGGUUAGGAAAUACUCUUUGAAGAAAGGAACGUCAGUGAAAAAUGGAAUGCUUGAAAGCAUUUAGUUUUUCUGAGCUUUAUAGAUCAGUUUAUUUCAGGUCAAAAGCAGCAAAGACGUCGUCUCUCAGAUUUGGUUCCUCCUUUUUCCUGAGUUGAUGAUGAUAUAGAAUUCAACAAAUUCAGGUAUAAAUAGAGCCAGAUUUAUUUACUAUUGAAGGGCAGGCCAAAAGAGAUGCUGAAGGAUUGAGUUGGUUUUGUAUUUGCACUCUGACCUCCAUGCAAAGGGGUGUGUCUGCUUCUGUGAGUUGCAGUGUUUGUGCAAUGGGUCUUUUGGGCUCAGGGUAGGCAACUCUGUAGUCCAUUGUCUCCCGCAAGAGGUGUCUCUGGCGGUGGCAGCUGCCAUGAUUUCUUCUUUUUUAAAUAAAAAGCAAGCUGCACUGACGGGACGCCCUUUUUAAAUCCAAAUGUGUAUUUCAACAUUUUGAACCACUACUACUAACUCGGCGCGUCUCGAGCUAGGACUUGUUGACUUCUACUGUAGUUUUUUUUCAUGAAAGUCGAGAAGGCCUGGUUUCCCGGCCUUUGGUUUCUUCAUGAGAAGGUGUGACACUGCCUAAUGUUUCUUACUUUGAAACACACGGAAUGUGAGGCUGCAGUCAGGGUUGUUUCUGGCGUUUUGGUCAGGGCUCGCCAGCUGCUUUCAAGUUGCUUUUGGAUCCUUUUUUGGAGGGAGAGAGGAGAAAAACCACAAAAUUGGGGGGCUGGGGUCCUUUCCUUGAACACUUGCACCAAUGCUCCGAAUGGCUGAUGGCCCUUCUCUGGUUGCGUCAGGAAUAUUUCUGAGUAAGUUUGUAUAGAGGGAUGAACAGGCCUUAGGCUAGAUGGUUAGAUGGGCCAUGGCCAGCAGCCAGUCCAUAGCAUGUGUGUUAUCUGUUGGAAGAUAUGGGCCCAGUUCUCAUCCAGGCAGUAACAAUAGCCAGAGGUAGUAUGAUCUGUCCUCCACAUUUGCAAUGUUGACUUUUACGGAUGUGAUUCAAAUGUUAUCUCUAGGAAUCUUUAGAUCCUCCAGUGUGGCUUUAUGGUCAACUUUGGCAAGAGGUAAAUCUGGAGGACCUAGAGAGUUCCAUGGAAGUGUUCCCUAGGUCCUUUGGAGCAAACUGUAACUAGCCACCAGCAGAUGUUGAUCACUGAAUCACUUUGGGGACCUUAGAGAUUCCUGGUUUCUCUACUUUCCUGGGGCCCCUGCACCUCUAAUCCCAGCAGAUGUGGAGGGUGGACUCCAUACUUUUCAAAUGUAUUUCUAGAUGGUUUUACAUCUGAUUUGCGGGCAAGAAGAGUGCUCUCUGUUUUCACAAUGGCCAGAUCCAUCAUUCGCUCACCCUUAUCCUUCCCAAGCAAAAGGGACACGUUCAGCCCUUGUCAACAAUAUCAUUGCUGUUUGGUGGGGAUUUUUGGAUUUAUCCAUCACUAUUCAGUGAUGGUUUCCCUGCUGCAGAAGCGUCCUGCUGACGCUGUUGUGGGCUGUUCCUGGCAAGUUGGGUAUGGAUUUUAACCCAUUGCUCCAUUGGUUUUGUAAGGGCUCUUAACUUGGGACUUAGGACGGCACCUGCCUUGGAGCAUCGGUUGUUUCAUUCAGUCUUUUAUGGCAACUGAGUGGAAAUGGAAAUGUGCUUUAGAUGGUGCUUAAUUGAAAAAUAUUGGGAUUAAAAUCUGAAAAUAAAAAUUUAUAUGGGGUCAGGGUCAACCGAUUUCCUUAUCCCUCCUUGGUCACAAUAGGAUCCCUUUCUGGUCAUUUAUCCCACUCCUUUCCUUUUGUGGUUUUAAAAGCAGCUGAGCGCAAUGCCUCAAAUAACCAGAAACGACCUUUUGUUUGUUGAUACAAAUUGUAUCUUUCUUGAUUGUAUAAAAAUAAUAUAUAUUGUACAAAAACAAGCCGUCCGUAGAUUAGCUUUGAUAUUGUAUUUUCACCACUAUGUUUGUGGCACUGUGUGUCACAGGGGAGUAGCCCAUGGAGGAUUGUGAAUCUUUUUAUUUAAAAAUGGGCACAUUUAACCCUUUCUAGAAUUCAAACAAAGGCAACUUUGGAAAAUUGACUUUAUUACUAUGAUGUGCACAGCAGGAGUGUGUGUCAAAGACUAUAUAUAUAUAGUCUUAUUUAUUAAACAAAUGCCUUCUUUCAGUGAUUUCUCUUUUAUACAAUAUCAGUGUUAAUAAUGUUAAUGUUCCUAUUGAUAAGGAUAGGAAAUGCUGCUGUACGUCCCCCUUUUGUUUGUACUAGGAUAAUUAACUAAACUAUCAUAUCAGCAUGAAAAGUUUUGCAUGCAUUGAGUUUAUGUAUGUGUUGAAAAUGGGCCUUCUCCUUUUUAUCCUCAUUUUAAGGCAGAGGUUGUUAAUGCAUGUGUUUCUUUGUGUGUGUGUGUGUGGGGGGGGGGGGGGACAGCGACGAAAAUAUUUUAUUGUUGCUUUACGAUUUCUAUGUAUUAUUCUGUUUUUUAAAAGUAUAUUUCAGAUUCUCUUUUUGGAAGAAAUAUCUCUGUACCAUAACAGUACUGUCUUUCUUUUCCCUUCCUUAGAAAAAGUGUCCCAAUCCCUCUUCUCUGCAUGUAGUUAUGAACGACAGCCUUCAAGCACUUUGCCAGUUCCUUUUGGGUGCACUCUUUCCCUUCAACUUUGAUAUAAUAUAGUAUUUGUUCUGUCUUCAUUCACUUCUUUCAAACUUACAUUUCACUCACAUAUUAUCUCUUCUUUCAGAAUUUCUUCUAAUAUAGAAGAGAUGGUAUAUUUUAUAAAAAGUCACGCCUUCGCCUCUCUUGUAAAUACCAGGCUUUGUGUUAAAAUGCUCUUUUUUGAGAGCACAGUAUUUAAUUUUUUUAAACUGUGUACCAAACAGCUGCAGAAUAUGCAUCUAUCUAUAUAUAAGCCAAACAUGAUCCAGUCCUUUUCCAAAUAUUUAUCUGAAUGUAAAGUUUUAUGUAAUUUAUUCAGGAAGAGUGCUUAAUAUUCAACUAUCAGGGAGGGGGGACUUCUCAAAAGUUAACUUUGGGUUGCAAGUCUAAGUUGUAAAUAGUAUCGUUUUGGCUUGUACAUAGGUUUGUUUUGUUAUUUUGGUCCUGUUGUACUAUGGAGCGAGUUUGCUUUCUUUGUAAAAUUAAACAUUCCUGUUUAAUUGUUGUAAAAAAAGAUUUAUACAAUCUCUUUGGGUUCUUUGGUCGACCCAAAUAUAAUGUAAGUCUCAAUGACAAAAAAAGAGAGCAAAGAUAAAAGACUUUGCAGCGAAAUGCCUGGAUCCAUUGAGAUGGAAAAAGCAAAGGCAGGUUGUGUUGGCAAUCCUGUCCCUUGGAAAAGGGCCGAAGAGAAGAGCAAUAGGAGCUGGGUCAGGGCCAGUAUGCUGUGUCUCUGAUCGAUGUAUUUAUUCUGUGCAAUGCGUGUUCAAGGCUUUUGUCAGCAUGGGCAUGCGUACGUGUCACCUUGUGUAAAAAAGUAGUUUUUAUAGAAAUGUAAGAAAGCCAAGAUAAUCACCAGAACAACUGGUACAGUUUCCCCCUUAAUGUGAAAAUGGGAUAGCUUUAUAUUUCCACAAAUGGCAGCAGUGAGCACUUUAUCCCCGCAAGUUGGUUGUCAGUGUCUGGAUGUUAAUACUCACAAAACAAAUGAUAUAAACAGAGUAAAAUUCCACAAAACCAGUGCCACUGGACCCAUAGCAAGCGUUCCUGAUCUUUCAGCCUUUCUCCGGCCUGACAAAUAGUGAAACUUAACACUUGACGAGUCUUUGCUGGGAAUGGAAACAUUUCAGCAUGUUAUUUAUUUGCACAACUAACUUGAGGAGGAUUUUUAUGCUUUUUAAAACUGUCAGAUAAUUGCUUACCAGCAGCUCAUGUUCUGAACUGCUGAAUGUUUCUGUGUUUGUUUUCUGUCAGAAGCCUUGCCAAAGUGGUGUUGAAGAGUAACCGCUUUAAUGUGGGUUAUUUAGCAAAAGAUCACUCAGCAGCAGAACGCAUAGGUUAAAAUGUCUCAUGCUUUGAGUAUCUUUUAGUACAUAUUUUUUCCCUGUAAAAUAGUGAUCCUUUUGUUAGGGCUGCUAAUAUGUCCACACACACUUUUGUGCAGAUUUCGUGGUCAUUUCAUGCUGAAAAGAAGUAUAAGUCCCAUUGACACCCAAGGCUGUUUUGGGUGGCUUCCUUGUAUUUUAAUACAGCUUUGAGCAAGUGAUUUUGGGCAAUGCAGCCUCUGUUUAAAUGCAACCCAACCCACCCACUUGGUGAGAACACUUCUGAUUUAUGUUACAAUAAAGUUUUGUGUGGCUGUCUUCUAUCUGGACAUUUGUAUCAAUGCAUUCAAUAAAUUGAAUCACUUGCUCAAGA